AUGCAGAAGCUAACGGUUUUUGUUCUUGCGCUUGCGGCGAUCUGCUUGCAUUGUGAAGCGAAACAGUUUACGCGAUGCGGACUGGUUCAGGAGCUGAGGAGGCAAGGGUUCCCUGAGGAUAAGAUGAGGGAUUGGGUGUGCCUGGUAGAAAAUGAGAGUGGCAGGAAGACUGACAAGACGGGCACCGUCAACAAGAACGGAUCCCGGGACUACGGCCUGUUCCAGAUAAACGACAAGUACUGGUGCAGCAACACUAGCACUCCUGGCAAGGAUUGCAACGUCACUUGUGCACAAAUGCUGUUAGACGACAUCACCCUAGCUUCUCAGUGCGCCAAGAAGAUCUACAAACGUCACAAGUUCGAGGCCUGGUACGGAUGGAAGAACCACUGCAAAGGAAAGACCCUGCCUGACAUCAGCAACUGCUAA